CAAGUCACUAACACAAGUAGCUAUCUAGCUCGGGUGCCAUCCAUCAUCUCUAGCGCGAUUGACCCAGCUCGCCAUUAGGAGAUGGCACUGCACUGGAGCAGCGGCCUGGCGGCGCUCGCUGUCGCCGUGUCGCUCUUCGCGGCGGGCGCCGCGGGCCACCCGUUCCUGGUGCCGCAGUUCUACGAGCACACGUGCCCGCAGAUGCAGGCGGUGGUGGGCGGCAUCGUGGCCAAGGAGCACGCCAAGGACCCGCGCAUGGCGGCGUCCCUGGUCCGGCUGCACUUCCACGACUGCUUCGUGCAGGGCUGCGACGCGUCCGUGCUGCUGGACGACGCCCACGGCAGGUUCACCACCGAGAAGCGGUCCAACCCGAACCGCGACUCGCUGCGAGGGUACGAGGUCAUCGACGAGAUCAAGGCCGCGCUCGAGCACGCCUGCCCCGGCACCGUCUCCUGCGCCGACAUCGUCGCCGUCGCCGCCAGGGACUCCACCGUGCUGACUGGUGGGCCCGGCUGGGAGGUGCCGCUGGGGAGGAGGGACUCGCUCACCGCCAGCCUGAGCGGCUCCAACAACCUCAUCCCUGCCCCCAACGACACCCUCCCCACCAUCGCCGCCAAGUUCCACAACCAGGGGCUCGACAUCGUCGACCUCGUCGCCCUCUCAGGGGCGCACACGAUCGGCGACUCGCGGUGCGUGAGCUUCAGGCAGCGGCUGUACAACCAGAACAACGACGGGCGGCCGGACCCGACGCUAAACCCGGCGUACGCGGCGGAGCUCCGCGGGCGGUGCCCCAAGUCCGGCGGCGACCAGACCCUGUUCGCGCUCGACCCGGCAACCCAGUUCCGGUUCGACAACCAGUACUACAAGAACAUCCUGGCCAUGAACGGCCUGCUCAACUCCGACGAGGUGUUGCUCACGCAGAGCCACGAGACCAUGGAGCUCGUCAAGAGCUACGCCGCCAGCAACGCGCUCUUCUUCGAGCACUUCGCCAGGUCCAUGGUCAAGAUGGGCAACAUCUCGCCCCUCACCGGGCACAGCGGCGAGAUCAGGAAGAACUGCAGGAGGAUAUCAACCACUUCUAAUUAAACAGUGGUCCUCUUUUGAUUUCGGAAUUCCUUUUGAUUUGCGUGUUUCCUUCAAGUAUGUAUGCGUGUGAUUACUUGCAUUUUGGUAUUCGGGGUCAUGCACCGUAAAUGGUUGCGGUCGUUUUUUCUUCCCUCUUGUAAUUGUUCAUAUUUCAUCUUUGCUGUCAAUAAAGUGCUUAUCGGAUGUUCCUGUCA